AUGACUCACUUGCUCCCCUUUCCUGCCUCCCUAACCUUCCUCCUCCUCUGGCUCGCUCGAUCGCCUUCCUUGCUUCUCUGGCGCGCUCCAUGCUAUAUGCCAGACCGCUGCCUACACCUUUGCUUCUGUGCUGACCCUGCCUUGCUUCCCAUCGCCUUUCCUCCUCACCCUUCCUCCCUCGCCGAUCUGGUGAGUAACUUGUCCGCGUCCACUCUUCCCUUCGCCCUUGGUGCCGCCAGCACUUCUCAGGUGUCGGGGAACGGGGAGCUCUCCUUCCCUCCUGCCCAUAACGUUGGUCUCGGUGACGCCACUCCUCCUCCCAUCUCCCUCUCUGUCCUUGCUGUAGAUCACGUUCUGGCGAGCGUUGCCCAUCUGGCGAGCGUGGCCCAUUUCCCCGCUUCCCGUCAUGGUAGCGAUACGCAGCUGGCGAGCGCGAUUCGCCCCCACACCUCCCUUCGUGGCGCUGGCGCCGAUCCGGCGAGCGUGACCCGCUUCCCCGCGCUCCGUGAUGCUGCUGACGCGGAUCCGGCGAGCGCGACUCGUCUCCCCGCCUCCCACUGCGAUUCCUCCACGAAUCCGGCGAGCGCGAUCCGCCUCCCUGCCUCCUGCUGCGAUUCUUCCACGGAUCUGGCGAGCGCGAUCCGUCUUCCCGUCUCCCGCUGUGAUGCCUCCCUGAAUCCGGCGAACGCGACCUGUCUCCCCAUCUCCCAUCACGAUGCUGACGUGACUCAGGCGAACGCGACCUGCCUCCCCGCCUUUCGUUAUGGUGCGGGCGCAGAUCUGGCGCGCGCGGACCGCUUCCCCGCUCUCCGUCAUUCUGCUGGCGCGGGUCUGGCGCGCGCGACGCGUGGCCGCCCUGCUCCCCGCCGUGCGCCUGCUGUCCAGAAACGGGCGCUUCCUCACGCGUGCUUCGUACGGUGCCACUUCCGGCUGUCUCCUCCGCCUCGCCUGCCUUAG